AUUAAUCGUUGUGUAUCUGUUUGACUUUUUGAUCAGAUCAAGUGUGUUGUAGAGACUUUCAAUUUCAGUGAAAAUAAAUGGCGGGACUCAAACGGAAAACCGACAAAGCAGUGGAGGCAUGCAGAUACCCUUUUUUUUGAACAAUCGCUGGCUUUUCAUUUUCAGCGUUUUCUUUAUAGCAUGGCUGCAUUAGCCAUUGCAUUCUCUUUAAAUAGACGUUGUUCACCUUUUAUGUGUAGUUAAUUUCCCGUCGUCUCCUUCGAACGCAGGUGUUUGGGGCGUAACAUGGCUAGUGUGUCUAUUGCCGCAUCACGGCACGUUUCCCAUAUUGUUCCUGAAACAGAGCCCUUGGUUUUAGUUGACACGUUCAGGAAGGUGCCAAAAGGAUCUUUCGUUUUCUUUCUCUCUCACUUUCACGCUGAUCAUUACAGCGGGCUGUCUAGUUCUUGGUCCAGAGGCGUUGUGUAUUGCUCUGUGCUGACCGCAAGGCUAAUCAUCACAUUUCUUCGCGUAAACAAAGCGCUUGUCCGCGGUUUAGAUCUCGACACCGAAUACGAAAUUGCUGACGCACGAGUCACGCUUCUGGAUGCAAACCACUGCCCAGGAGCUGUAAUGUUCCUCUGCAAGACGAAAGGAGGAAAAACGUACUUACAUACGGGAGAUUUUCGCUACGAUCGUCAUAUGGUCGACCACCCUGCACUGGCCAACUGCCACAUUGACACGGUGUUUCUGGACACCACCUACGGCAGACCGGAGUACGAAUUUGAGCCGCAGGUGGACACGAUUCAGCGUGCGGUAAACGUUGCAGAGGAGGUUUGCAAGGAAAGCAAACAACCAGGACGGGUCUUGUUUCUCGUGGGUUCGUACACUAUAGGCAAGGAGAAGAUUGCUCUUGCGCUUUCUGAGACCUUUGGAUGGACCGUAUUCGCAAGCGGAAAACGACGCCGCAUUCUUGACUGCUUGCAACUGGAACAGCUACGCGAUGGAGGCCUCGGUGACGACCCGGCAACCUGUUGCAUACAUAUCGUUCCCAUGAACACCAUAGGCACAGUCAUGCCUUACUUCCGCCCUAACUUUCCACGGAUUCAAAAGUAUAUGGAAGAUGCCGGCCUCAGCGACGUCUUCUCUUCUGUUGUAGCAUUUCUGCCGACAGGCUGGUCCUUCACCAGCAAAUGGAACAAAGAACACUCUUCAAUGAGUUCGGGAUGCAUCACUGUGCAUCUGCUCGAGUACAGCGAACACUCAAGCUACACCGAACUAAAAGAAUUUGUGAACCAUUUACGGCCUAAUCAAGUGAUUCCGACGGUUUAUUCGAAUCAGAAGGAUUUUUGUCGCCUGCUUCGAGAUAUGCAACCGACGACGAAGGCAGAAGCGUCCAGGGGGGCCCACAUAUCGCAAGGGAAUUCAGGACGGAAAAGGACCCGUACGCGAGAAACAGGGAACCAGAAACAGCUGAAGAUCACCAGCUUUUUCUCAAGCGCCCCCUCCGUCGGCGCGAUGGAAACCCUAUCAGUGCGGAAAUCUAUCCCUCAGACGCGCCAUCUCCAACGCUACCAACGAAUUCAGCCGGAAGUCAUCGAGCUCUCGGAGUAAAUCAAAUUGUCUGCAAGCGUGACCGCAACAAUGAGUUCAGGCAUUCUGAUGCAAUGACUGAAAUGACGGUUGAAUGCGUCUAUAGGUGGCGUUCCGCAAGCACGUUCUGUGUACAAAAGCUACAUCAGGCAUGUUUUUUUCUUUCUCUGGUUAUGUCCUUGGGCGUCACGACAAUGAUUUCGCCCUUGCAUACGAAGGAAGAAAUGACUGAAAUUAGUGAAGCCAGUUGGCGUCACAUUUACGAGCAAGUUGCUGUCAGAAGGUUCGGUCGCUGCGUCGACCAGACGGGUUUCCGGCGUCUGCAGAAUUUCACGUAGUCUCACGAUCAGCACACUGCUGCAUGCAUAGUGGUGAAAGUGGAGCGGCACGCGGACGCCACCUCUACAGGCUCAACAUAUUGCGUGGGGAUCGAGUAAUUCUCGAUGUGAAGACAGAAUUUCCCUGGCGCUGCCCGAGAGUUUUGUCUCAGGCGGAACAGCAGCCACGUCUGCUUUGCCGUAUUUGGCUAUCUGUUCGCUCCUCAUCAAGCUGCACGCAGAAACAGCGAAAACAAAACAUUUGCACUCACAUAUUUCAGCUGAAAACUGAAACCGUGCAUCUUCUACCGAUUUGGGGUUAGCAGCGUGCUUAGGCGAAAUGAGAAGAGUCCCCAGUGGACUGAAAGCUCUUGGCGCAACUAGCACUCACAUAUCAG